AUGCAGUGGAAAUUGAUCUAUUGGAUCUUCCCACUCGCCUGCGGCGCAACCCAACCUGCCGCAGAUAUCGCCAUCCAGCCCCCUGUGCCGAUCCUCAGCAAGAACAUGCCGGUCUGGACCUCGAUUACGCCUCCAGCCCCAACACCGACAGACGCAUCGAGAUUCCUCCGUAUCCCGUUGUCUCGAGGCCACGCACGAUGCUGGUACGAUCGCUACGUGGACGCGCACCACAUGUUGAAGCGCGAAAAGUACAAGGCGCUCCCUUCCUCCGUCAACGAGUGCCAGGAUCUGUGCAGGAAGCCUCUCUCCGAUGGCAGCACUUGCCGAUACGCUGUCUAUAUCAAGGGCGGCCCCAGGGCUGCCGAAGAUGUCUGCCUGCUGGAUAGUGAGCCGUUUGACGAGGUUCAGUGGAAUUGGCACGGCCCGCAUGAUACUUGGAUCUGUGUCGGCAGCGAGAAGAUGAAGGGUGAGAGUUAG